AUGUUGAGUGAUUUCCAAAUUUAUCAGCUGUACCAGACCUGUGGUUUGACAGUUGGGAAUGCUGUGACAUGGAGUAUGCUUUUAUCCGCAGCCCAGAGCUCUUCAAAAUCCGAUUCCAAAUGUCCCAGAAAGCGAGGUCAGUUAAGAAAAGAAAAGUACUGGGUCGGGGUGGUCGAAGCUGAGUUAAGAUAACCCAAGGUUAGAGCGAAAUCUGAUUUAAGAUCUCAAAGCUUUAAAGGAAAACUCAAUAUAAUUCCCCUCAAAUAAGAGAGAUAACUAUCCGGGAAAGGCUUUUUGAACAAAAAGAUAAAGAAAACCCGAUGAAGAUUUGAGCCUGGGUCAGGGCUAAUCAGCUUUCGAACAUCUGAGCCUAGGGCUGAAAUCAGACAUUUGAUUAGGACGAACAAGGUCCAAAAUUAGUUAUUUCAUGCGGUCGCAGGGAAUGUUUGAAAUCGGUGAAUUUAAACGCUCCUAUGAACCCUCGAUCAGAGCCUGUGACGCAAGGCCUUAGCGGAAGCCAUAUACCCGUAAAAGCAUGGUUAGUGGACUGAAAUGGAGUUGGUGGUGGUGGAUAUUUACUGAGCUCUGUAACGGCGAGGUGAUAUCCACCACUUUCACUGACACUGGCGGUAUUAAUUGUUUAGUGAGUUAUUUCACCCCAAUGGUCAAUAUGAGAUUUCAGACCUGCCAUUGUCUUUUGUGGUGAACGUCUUUUCAGUCAAAUACCGGGAUUGACCAAGAAAGUGAGACUUUUUUUGAACUUGGCUGAAUUAUGAGAAAGAAAAAGAAAAUCUAGUCAGUUUUGGACUUCUUGGUCGCAAAAUAAACGAAAUCUUGGAACGUGAGUGGCUAAAUACCAGGUCAGAUUACAUGAAAAGACGAAAGAAAAAAAAACUUGGAUCAGAAUAUUUCCAAAUAACACUGCACUGCAAUUUAAUCUACUAGGAAAAAAUUGCCAGGACUUUCUUCAUCUCGGUCGAAAAAUGGACAGGCUAUCUUACAUAACUGAUAACCCAAUUAGAGAUCUGCCAGUUUACUGCAGUGGUAUAAAUAGCGGAGGCUGGAUGAAUGCAAUGAUAAGAACUGAUUCUGGGGUGAGCUUUGAUCGAUUAUUCCAAGAGUAUCGAGAUGGUUUUGGAAGUUGCAUUGAUAAUGCGAAUGCAGGAGAUACCUGGCUCGAUGAUGACUGUACAAGUGAUUUCUGGCUUGGAAAUCGAAACUUUUUUCUUCUUACUGAUAAAAACGGACCAUUCCAACUAUUGGUUAGUCUUGAAGACGCAGAUGGAAAUGUGACGCAUGCGUACUACAAACGGUUCGCUGUCAAAUCAAAGAUCAUUUGGCGCUACGAGUUGUACAUUCAGGGGUAUGCGGGAACAUCCGGGGAUUUCUUUCAAGCGCUACACGGUAUGAAAUUUACGACAAAAGACGAGGACAACGAUCUGGAAUUUCUUCAAAAUUGUGCCACCCCCGGGAGGGGAGGGUGGUGGUAUAAUACUUGCGGCGGUUCUCCGUUAAAUAUGAGAAUCAUGAUGCCAAAAAGCUUUAAUGAAAUUAUCUGGAACACAUGGCCUGGGGCAGGAAAUGCAGUGAGUAAAACAAGAAUGAUGAUAAAACCUAACCUAGGUGGGUUUUCGUUACAGAUUUUUGUUUUCACUAUUUAAUGAAAUAAUUCGAUCGAUGACAGUAUAUGAGCAACUACACUCCUAUCCCUCCCCUAGCCCAAUAUCAACCCUAUCUUGUUCUCAGUCGACUGUUGUUGGGUUUGAGGGAGGGGGAGGUGCGCAGUUUCACAAAUACUGACAUUAAUUCAAACAAUAGUCCAUUUUACAUUUCUGUGCUUGGUUGCCAAGCCUUUGAACAGGAGUGAGGCUAAAGUUGACCUUGUUAUGAUACAAACCUUGCUGCUUUUCAAAUGCAAAUUAUUUCGUUAUUGUGUUAACUAGUUACUAAUCUCUAUCACAACAAGGUCACCUUCAGCCUCACUCCAAAUUAAAGGCUUGGUAACUAGGUACACAACUGUAAAAUGGCCUAUUCUUACAUUUGGACUUGCGGAUGAUAUACAAGUUAAGACUUAGACCUCACAAUUGAGCUAACCAAAUAAAUUUUAUCAAAGAAAUAAAAAUUAACACCUAUGGGAGAAAUCAGUCGAUUGAUGACGGUUGGUCUUAACAAGUCCCGGUUGUGCCGCGGCAUUCUGGGCUAUCGACGACACUAAUGAUGAUUUCCGCCAAGUUUGACGAAACUUCUGUCACUCACCGACAAUGGUCCUCCCCAGGACUACUCUUACCCCUACCAUUUGACUGCACGAUCAAAUGUAACUCCCAAGCAAAAACCAUCUAUUGUAUCUUGUGCACUCUGUUAUUUAUUUCCUUUCAGAACGCCAAUGGGACUAUACCCUACAUUUUCAGGACAAUGGUUUCACAACUUACGUGGGCCCUUUGAAGAUCUCUGAUUUUGUGGAAGCAACUGUCUGUUGGUGGAUGAUCCCGCGAGGCGUUCCCAUGGCCGUCUACUCUAUAUCGAAUAAACAAAACAAUAACGCUUUUACCUUCGUGCAAACCAACAUAUUGGCAAUGAAACUCCACGUGAAUGGCCACAUAUCAAGGUCCUUAUCAACCCUCUAAGCCCUAAGGAUGACCAGUAUCUAAUUUCUCCUUGGAGAAAUACCGCUAAAGUAUUCAUUAAGAUUAUGGGAAUAUAGGAAAUGAUCGCCAAACGUAGACGGUUUGAUUGCUAAAUGAAUUCUCCUUGUCUUUAGCGAAGAAAAUGUAUAGAGAAAAAUAUGGAGAAUAUGGAAACUAAUUUUAUGUCCUUUUCUAUAUUCAAGUCAGCCCUAUUUAAUAUAUCGUGUUUGUUUGUUUGUAUAUAUAACCUCAUCAGACUCAUGUACGCUUUUUUUUUUUUCUUUUAAUUUCUCUUUUUGUAACAGCCAAGUUUUUACAAGGAAUUUAAGUAGUGAUCAGUUCUGGCAUCAUGUGUGUGCCACGUGGCGCAGCACAGGUGGGCGCUGGAGUAUCCACGUGGAUGGUAGCAAGGUGGCAGAAAGAUAUGGCCUUGCCGUGGGGGAAAAAAUCAUUCCCGGGACCAUGUACAUUGGACAGUUCCAGACCAAUGGUGGCAAAUUUGACAAUAGGGCCUUUUUUGGUUAUUUGAGUCACUUUAACAUGUGGAAUUUGGAGCUGUCCGAGAACAAGAUCAAGAAAAUGUCGCUGGGUUGCGGAGCAGAAAUCGGGAAUCUGAUCCAGUGGCCGGACUUGAAGGCAUGGACCAAGAAAGUGUCCAUGGAAGAACCGGCAUCAUGUAAGACGCGAGGUAAAAGGAUAUUUUUGGGUCACAUAAAUUUUGCUUUAUGUCUUUCAUUCCAUGAUUAUCUUACUGGAGAUAAGUUUUCAAAUAAACUGUGGUGCCGGGUCUGGUCUAUAAGGAGCAUUGCGAGAUAUUUUGGCAUUAUCAGUUGAGUUGAUAAUGUAAACUGCCCACCGCAGUAAGCUUUUAAAGCUGAAGUUUUGAGCUUUGACUCUUCGUCAGACCGAAUCAGGUAUAUCUUACCUUUACUUUGCGUUCAUAUGCAUUAUGAGGUGCAUAGUUAUGCCAAUUUACGUUGCACUGCUUCCAGUUCCAUGUUAGUAGUGUUAUAUUUUCAGGGUUAUGUUAUGUUACGUUAUGAUAAGUUUCAUUUCGUCACGUUACGUUCCUUUUCUGGUUAUUGACGAUGUGUCGUAAAAGUGGUAUGUUAUGGUUUGAAAUGUGAUUUUGUCUUACAUUAUUGGACAUCAUCAUGUUGAUAAUUCACGCUUCUUCCUCACCCUAGAGAAACACCGUGUUGACUUUUCAAGCUUUUCAUCAGACAACAAAUUCCCCGAAUUGCUCUCAACAAGAGAGGCAACUGUCGAGGGAGAUGGUGCAGAUGCAAACAUGAACGUGUUGAACAUACAAGGGAAUUCUAAAAUAAAGUUUGCUACCACGAGAGAUGAUUGCUUAAAUGAUCCAAGUGUCUGUUCAGGCGGAUUCACUGUAAGCUUUUGGUUAAAACACGAACGUAAGUUUACUUGCUGAUUUCAACAGUCGCGCCGCAGAACAUUACAGACUAACAAACUACAAUAAUGUUUGCCUUCACCCCGUUUUUUGCAUUGAUCCACAGUGUAAUGUCGUUGAUAUUCUGCGCGUUGCGUUUCCCUGAUAUGUUAAAAUGACGUAGUAUUGGAAUAACAAUUUGCCUCAAGCAGGAUGUGCUUUUAAUGAGUGACUAAGAAGAGCUGUUUUACUUACGUGAAAUAUACGAAAGAUUCAUGUACGAACUAAAUAAAACUGAGUCACCUCAGAUAAAUAUCAAGCUUUUACCGACGGAUUUAACUACCAACUUAAAGUAGACUUUUUUCAUUAUCACCCGCUGGAAUUUUUUACGUGUCCAUCUAUUUUACUUAUAUUCUUGCAGCAAAGUUUAUCUCUCAAAUUCUUGGUGGAAAUUCGGCCCUACACGAAGCCCUUAACAGUUGGCUUUUAAAUGUUACACCGAUUGCGUCUCGUUGGAAAAGAUGCUAUCUCACCAAUGACCAUGGCUGGUGGGCGUCAACAUUUCAUACAAAGUGUGACAAUCGUGGACCUACUGUAACUCUUGUAAAAGUUGGAGAUUACAUAUUUGGAGGGUUCUUAGAUCAACCAUGGGGAGGUAUGUCUCCUUCAAGUUUGCUUUCUUAGGCACUGUGGGGGAGUGGGAGAGGGGUUGGGUUGCGCGAUGCUGAAUUUAUGCUCUUUCGUGUAACUAACUUACGUUAGGAGUUCCAAAAUGUAGUUGUUGCUUACAACGCCCGCCAUGAUAUAGUUGCUGUUGUCGCACUGCCUGCCUGAGAUUAACACACCAUGCCCAAGGCCAAAUUACAGAGGGAUAACAAAAAUAACUAACGGUUUGCUCGUUGCAAGUACUUUUUUUCUAUAAUUGUACCCCAGCAGGCACACCUACUCUUUCCUUUAGGUUUUAAGUAACCAUAAUCCAAAGCAAACAGGAAUUUAUUUUCCUUUGCCUUUCCCCCCUCCCUCCGUCCUUUUUCCAUGGCGCAAAAAAAUUUCUUCGAGUAAUGGUUGUUAGAGAGUUGAAUUUCAUGCAUAGUUUCAUUUCAGUUAAAAUGAGAUUGUUAUUGCUUUGAUUAGCGCGUUUUGUGGUGGUUUGUAGAGGAUACCUGCAAUAUUUUUAGUAAUGACAGACACGUUCUUAGAAAAUAACUCAAGUACUCCCAAUGGGAGUCGCAACUUUAUUUAUAUUAUCAUUGCGCAAAGGCAUCACAUAUGGACAUUGCUGCAAUGAAUAACAUCAUCUCUUAAGUUUUUUUUUUAUUAUGCCUUAAAUUUUUUUUUAUGUAGGGGAGCGAAACUUGACGAGUUCCACAGCCUUCCUCUUUAGUCUUCAGAAUCCUGAAUAUCUACAACCUGUAAAACUAGAAAUAAACGCUUCUUCAAUAAAUAGGGGCACAAUUGCUGCUUUAAGUGAUCCACUCCUUGGACCAGUGUUUGGCGAUGGGGAUCUGGUAAUAAGCGAUAUGGCAAAUACAGGAAUCUUUUCCUACAGUAAACUUGGACGAACCUAUCUCCUGCCAGACGGGAUAGACCCCAAUACCGCCGCCGCACACAAUCUGCUUGCGGGAAGCGCCAACUUUAUCCCAGAUGAAAUCGAAGUAUUUGCAUACGAAGGUAAGAAAAACUUUAGUCACUAUUUAUCGCAGAAUAUAAUAAAGCUUACAGGAACGUUCUUGUUGGAUAUUUGGAUAUUUACGUAGUUGGAUAGCAAUAGUGGAAGCAGAUCUUUAAGGGUACAACUCUCCUAAAGUAUUGAUUUGAAACGAUAGAACAAUCAAUUAUCUACUGAAUCUUCUAAUUUUAUUUUUUUAUGCUUUUUUUUUAGUACCGCACUACCUUGUGAAUACUAGUAUCGCAGAUGACCAGAAUAACGGUAAAUAAAUACGCUUAGGACAUAUGACUUUUAGUCUCUAUUCACCGGGGUUUAAACCAAAAAACCUAUCCAUCAGAUUAUCACUGAAAAAGCAGAUGAACAUAAGACGCACAUCGAAGUAGUGAAGUAUAGGGUGAAAACCAAGUAGGGAAGGUGGAGUGUGAUCUUUUUCAGGCUUAAUGCCCAACUUUGCAGGUACACAAAGGAUAUAAAGGGUGGGUGUUUUACGAGAGUUGGUGCUACACUGGUCAAGGGGUCGAUUCAAGGGAUUAUUUAAUACUCCACAGAAACUUGUGUAAGAGAUACCCCAUGUUAGUCCAAAACACGUUCUCUUUGGCCUGGAAAAGAUGUUGCAGGGUUGUGGCGUAUAAUUGUGAGUGUAUAAAAGGAUCAUUGUUUUCUUGAAAAGAUACCUUUUUUUCUCAGAAGUAGAAAAUAAAACGGCUAAAGUUUGGAAGUUCAACCGAAGCCUGGUACCCUUCCUCUUCGUGAAAAAUAUGAAGAAUUAAAAUUAGAAACAAUGUCUUGGUUAUGAUUUCCUUUAGGCACAUAAACAAAUUGUCAAUUUCGUCAAGGACACGCGAUUAUCACAAAUCUCUUUUUCUUAGUCGCUGGAGACUCAGAGAUGGAAAGCGAAAACUUUUGGCUUCAGGUACAGUUCCUAAUUUAUUAGAAGCUUCAAAGGCAUACGUUGUUCGCUCCUUAUUAGCCCAUCUCUUAUUAGUAAUUAAUAACCUCCAAAUGAAACUCAGAAAACCGCAAGGAUACGAAAUGUUACGUCGCCGAUAGGAAGAAACCAAGCGUUUGAAACAAAUACAUUUAUGUUUCCGUGGGUCUGCACAUGUAAAAGAUCACAGAAGAAGUCAAAAUGUGAUAAGAAAAUCAGCGACUCGAUUGGUUGCGCCUCGUGUGCCACUUUUCUGUCCUUACCAAGUUUGGUUUUUAUCUGCGAUCUAUUACUAAACAGACGCACGCCAAAAUGGAAUCGAUUUAUUGAGUUGAAACUAUGCUGUUGGCGCCAAGGGAAACAAGCCUGUGGUUAAGUGAUGUUUUUGCAUGCCUUUUCCUUUACGCUGAUACUUUUGCGUUGCUUCAAAGGUUGACAUCGGCCAGGUUGGUUCCGUGGGUUUCGUGUCGACAAAAUCCGGACUCGCUUUCCCGAUCUCUUAUCACCUAGCAUACAGUGUUGAUAAUUCAACAUGGUAUGAUUAUCAAGAAAACGGAUCAAGAAAGGUAUUCAGAAUCUAGCAGAAAAGUUGUUAGAUGGCCAAUUUGGGGACUGGGUAAUCUUAUCAGUGUGUUGAAUUUAAGAUUACUAGUUACAGGAUCUGCUUGUUCGUAUUUUUCUCUAUCGCGAGCCACAAAGGGCAGAAAAGGGUCCUUUGCCUGCUUUCAAUGUACACCUGGGUAUACUAUCCAUAAUAUAAGGGGUACGUCCCGGAGGAAAUUUCUGCCGUAAAGGGUUUAAAAGGGGUGUAAUUGGGAAUUAGGUUAAAACUUGGAGGACCCUAAGAAAGAGAUACUUUUUUCUGGAAAUGAGUGUUUUUGUCGCACGAGUUGGCGUUUAACUUGACUUCAAUUGGCUGCAGUGAAUGGAAAAUGUGUUCACCCACUUCAUGCAACUGAUGGAAUUAUCUUUCUUGCGGCUAAAGUUAGUUUCACUCAGUGUGUCUUUGCCAAAAGGCCCAAAUAUUUCAUAUGAAAUUAUGUUUUGUGUUUCAGUUGUUUCAUGGAAACUGGGAAGGUGCAACUGUUGUGAAAAACGCCAUCCUUUCUCCUUUUGAAGCACGGUUUGUGAGGUUCAUCCCCAAUGAAUGCUCAGAAGAUGUUUGUUUGCUUGAAGCAGAAGCCUACCUGCUAAUAAAAGGUAGCCAAGGCUUUAUGAUUAUUUCUCCGUAAAUUUAAACUUGAGAUUUCAUCGUAAUUAAUAUUACAUGUACUUGAUAGAAAUAGUCUGCGUUGUACGAACUUUUGUUAUUCGAGGAAGAGAAAGGUCUGAAAAAAACUUCCAUGACGAUGAAAUUGUGAAUGUGUGACAGUUGACAGCUAUUUUAUUCAACCCGGGAGACACAAUUUUGAACAAAGGGGGUAGGUUGAUACAAAAACUGUUGUGCAAUAUUCCAGUAGGGUUAUUAGAAGAUAGUUUGGUUUUAUAAACUGAGUUGAUAAGGUAAAUUGGCCACCGUAGAGAGUUCUCAAAGCGGACGUUUCGGGUAUAGGUUCUUCGUCAGAGCGUCGGAGCCUUUCCUCAGAGCAACCCUUUUUCGUGUUCUCAGUGAUUUCACCGGAACUCUUUUGCUACAACAAACGAACAAGGGUUAGUUUGUAGGCUUUUUUUUCGUAAUUACAUUUUCAAUCAUUUAAUCUUCCUCGACAAGAAAAACGAUAUCCUGGGGAGAGGCAAAAUAAAGAGCCAAAAGUAGGGUGCAGCGGAGGUUCAUAGUCGAUGCCCUAAGUUCCCCAGACGGAGCGAAGAUGACCUAAUCUGUCUUCCUAAUCUUCCUUUCUUUCAGAGAGCAGAACCAACAUUAUUUCGUUAUCUUCCGAAAAUUCUUCAUCCACUGGUCUCGCCAUGUUUAAGAUGCAAGAUUCUAUAACCUACCGAGUACAGGUUCGAACCAUGGAGGGCCUGGUAUGGAGUCUCUCUUUCGAUAUGUCACAAGAGUCACAUGACUGGACACAUUUGACGAUCUCGUGGCACGAGAUGUGGGGUCUGAAAGUAUUCAUUAACGGGGAAGUCGCAAAGAAAAAUAAUAUGCCUGAGGAGAUAUUAAAUGAUACCUUGAUAGUUUCUACACACAUAGAGAUCGGUGGAGUAACGAGUGAAAUAUAUAACGCAUCAUCGCUCGGAACUAACUUACAAAUGUCUGAUUUGAGAAUAUGGGAAAGAUUGGUCUCCAGAAAGGAAGCAAGGACGAACUACGAGGUCUCUAGUAAGUAAGGCUGUGAUAUUUUCAUUUUAUUUUCUAAUCGUCAACUUUAAUUCUGAAUCAAGUGAAUUAAACAGAAAAAGUAAGCUUUUUGUGAGGUUUUAAAAAGAAAACGAUUUGAAUUGAUCAGCUUUCUUAGUCAAUCACGUCAUCAAUUUUGCACAUCAUGUUUUCAAAACCUCGCCAAUGAUCUCUUUUUUCUCCAUUAAUACAGAAAAUUGAUGGCGGAAUGUAUUUGUAUUUGAAUUCAAUUACCUGACACCCUCUAAAUUAAAUAAUUUUAACUCCUCAUACAUACACUCGCUUUAUGAAAUCAUGCCAUGGCUUCUAGAAAUUCACCAGACAGACUGUCGUCAAGCAUUAUGCAAAUAUGUCAUGUCGUGCUAUUUAUAGUGAUAAUUGAACUGAGUGGAGUGCAAAAUUCCGAAAUCAUACGCGUGAUUUCAAAAUCAAACGAGCGCACUACACGAAUUUGAUUUUGAAAUGACAAACAUGAUUUUUCGGCCAAAAUUGCACGAAACGAAGUUCAGUUAUCACUUUAUUACAACCAUUUUGAAAUAGCAAACUUCAGUCGCUCAAAUACAGCCGACACAUUUGUCUUAUUGAUCAAGUAAUGAGCUGGUUUGUAGAAAGUUUCAAAGUUUUUUUUUCAUUUUCCUGCAAUUUGUUUGGUUUCUUUAAACAAGACUUGAAAUUUGAUUGGUUGUUUUGUUUUAGUAAGGCUUUCUCAUUGGCCGGGAAAAAGAUGCGAUGUAGGGCAAAAUAUGGGGCGAUUCGUGAAUACAUCGCGCCGAUAAGAGCCAAUCGGAUUAGAAUUACCAGGAAUUUAAAAAUGGAUGUUAUAAACCAGAAAACAGAAUCUCGUCAAUCAUCCAAAUAUAUUUUUAUUGCUAUUGAUGUUACAAAUUAAAAACCUGCGUCUUAAGCAUAAAACAAUAGCACUUAUUGUACAAUACUGCGUCAAUUUUUUGUGACAAUCCACAAAACAUAGUUUGGUCUCUCUCAAAUAUGCUCACGUCGUAGUGGAGAAAAAAAAUACCUGCGUGGAUAUGUUUAUCUCCUCUACCUUUUUCUUUUGUCGUGCUCUCUCUAAUCCAUUAGUUACACAGGUGAUGAUGAAAAUACCUCCUUUCGGUGACUGUGGAACAAAACUGGGAAUUUUUGCGUUUCAUCAUUUUAUAUUGGGAGACACCGAAGCUUUACAGUGAGAGCUGCACUACAGAUCGAAAGUUCUCAAAUUUCUUUGGCACGACAGUUCGCACUACUGAUUUCUCCCCAAUCAAGGCUCCAUUAAUGAUGUUGGCGAGUCACAUCAGCGAAAUGCUUAGGGAAUGGGAGAGGGUAGCGAAUGUUACAUGUUAUUAGCUUGCAUCUCAUCCCGAAGUAGCAAUAAUUCCCUUUGCUGCAUCACAUUACAGAACUUAUGUGUACAGUUAAUGAUUUCUAAUUUUGUAUCCAAAGUGAAUGUUUCCAGUGGCUUAUGGUACGUCAUCAAAAAGGCUACUUUCAAAACGGAAGGCGCGGUGCAGACUAGUCGCUGGAUUUUAAGAGCUUCCUGUACAUUGUCAAGCCACACGGGUCCUUGUGAUGAUGGUGGGUCUUUUAUGUUCUGUUAUAUUGUGAAAGUGUUAGCUACAUUAAUGUUUGCACGAAAGGAGUCUGCUUCUUCCACUGAAACAAAGAACAUCCAGACAGGGCAAAAUAUUCAACAUCUCUCUUUAACUCAUUUCUGUUUAACCAGACACAUUAGUGAUUAUUUAUUCCAACUUUUUUCAGGAUCGCCCAGGGAAUUUCCGCCUUUAUGCAAUGCACCUCUAGGCUUAGAGAGCGGUCUUGUUUCUGAUUCUCAAAUUACUUCAUCUUCCGUUCGUGGACCCGGAUUUGAAAACCAUAAUGCCAGACUUAAUUAUUUAAGCUGUUGGUCUACCCUGGAAUUGGAUCCUUGGAUUCAAGUCGAACUUAGAGCUUUUACAAGAGUUACCAAGGUUUCAACACAAGGUCGACCAGAUGCAGACGAAUGGGUACAAAGCUACGCCAUAAAAUAUCAAGUAACAAAGAUUUCACCUUUGUUAGAUUAUGAAUCCGAAGUGAGUAUAAAUCUUCAGUACUGUUUAAAAACUAUUUGAAAAUGAUAACCGACGAUUAUUGCAAAACUCGCGAGUUAUCGACGAUUUGAGAAUGGUACUUGAAUAUAAAUGAUAUACUGCGCGGUUUAGCGGCCAGCUGUUUCUAUAACAUCACGUGCAUUAUGUGAUGUAUCUUCUCAAGCAAACGGUGUAUAUAUCUUAGUUACCGCUUUGUGAUUUAUCAGUGCAUCUUAUCACAUCUUAUCAGUAUGUUGUUUUGGCGAAACGUGACCUCACUGCCGCUUGGGGAUAUUUCUUUUGCAUUUAGCGAGUUAUCGUUAACGGUCAUCAAUGCUACGGUUACUUUCAUCAAGUUUUUGUUUUCGCUUACAGAUAUACAGUUAAGCUGCUAUUGCCCCUCUUAAUCAGACCUUCCUCCAAUCUUAAUAUCAAACUUGGACGUUUUUCGAUUUGAAUUUUUUGAAAUCAAUUUUUCCGCUGGCACGCCAAACCAGUGGCUCAAACCUCCGAAAGGUAUCCUAGUCUUCCUCCUACAUUUCAUUUCUAGCACCUUUUAUUUCUCCUUUUAUUUCACACAUACUGAAAUUUUCGUCGUGAAGUACUAGUUCGUCUCUCUAGAUCUGUUUGGAUGAGCGAUGCAUUUUCACAGAAGUUUACUUCCAAUCUUUGAAUUUAAAUAUGAAAAUCUCAGUUUUAAUUAAAUAAAAACUAUAUACCAAAAAAUAUAAUCUAAUCACUCGUUGCGAUGCAUCAAAAAACGUUCUCGUUCUCUGCGCUUUCUCGUUCAUUUUUUUUUUUUUUUUUUUUUUUUUUGUAUCGUAAAUCGAAAAUAAAAAUUGAUCGCAUUUUCCAUGGAAUAGUCUCUAUAUCUUUUUUUUGUCAGGGAGAUUUCCAGGGAAACUUUGACAGAUCAACCGUAGUGGCGCACGAUAUCCUAGCGACGGGGAUGAUAUUCAGGAUCUAUCCGAAGUCGUGGUACACUCAGCCCUCCCUCAGGCUUGAGUUAUACGGAUGCAGCCUUGGUAAUUCUUUAAAAUCUUGACGGUGACACAGGAGCCCUACCCACCCCUCCACGCCUAUCACGCUCAAAAUCGAAUUUAAGCCCACUUACCGCUUUUUUGUAAAUUUGCACUCGGAAAGCUGUCUGUAGAAUGGGAAAUAUUAUGAAAUAUUUGUCGAAUGGAAGUUAUUUGUUGGUAAUAGCCGGCAAACGGAAAUAGUUUCGCAAUCGACUUUUACUCAGGACUGUUUGGUUGUUCGUCCAUUGUUGAUGAUGUGUGACCUUGGUUUUUAACCCAGCAGGGGUAUGUUUAUAAUUUCAGUUUUUGUAACUGGAUGAUUCUGUAACUAAGAUUUCACUUUAUGCAUAGCCUGUCUCAAGGAAGUUACCCAGCAAGUUCAAAUACCUUUAUGAAUACUUUACGCCGGUUUUCUUUGCUUGAUUAAAGCCAGUUUUCUUUUGGCAAAAACGCCAUAAACUUUGAUGAGGGACCUAUCACCCUUCUUCGACUAUAAAAUUUUAGGUUCCUAGAUUUUAGUAAUUAAGAGACAAUGGGCUUAAAUCCAGAAACUGUCUUUGCAAUUUUUCGCCUGAAUUAAUCUUCAACACAGAAAUAAAUGGCUACGGAAACAACCUUUUUGCAAAAUAUUUAGCCAAGACGAUAAAUACGAUGAAGUUAGAUCCCAUUGAACAUUAUUCCCACACUACUGCAUUGAUGGGUAUAUCUCAAAACUGUUCUUUCUUUUUCCACCAGAUGAACAUAGCUUUAGGCACAUCGAAUCAUCGUACCCUCGAGAAAGAGGUGACAAAGCCCGGAUGUUAACACUCCACGCCACAGAAUCGCACAAGUGUCUUUCUUUCGCCUAUCACAUGAAUGGUUCGACGAUCGGACGUCUCAAUGUGUUUAUUCGUGGGCCCGAUUCUGAAGAGUCUCUGCUUUGGAGAUUGGCUGGAGGUCAAGGAAAUAAAUGGAAUACCGCUACUGUUCCAAUCGAAAGAAAAAUUCCAUAUCAGGUAAAUUCAGUUUAGAAGGAGAACUAUGAUAUCUAAACCAUAUAAACUACCUACCGCUUUUAAAAGAUUACAAGCAGCGAACCAAAGGUUUUCAAAUGUGAUAAAUACUCAACCUUAAAGGACGCGAGGAGGAGAACCCUGUACUUGUCUGCCUGAAUUACUGCAGGCUAAUUUUUGAACGCGGUAGUCGACGAAUGAAAGAUGUGAUUCUGUAUACAACGAGCAAAGAAGAGUAAAUUCAUCAUCGGAGCCCCUUUGAAAACCAGCCCCAGACUGAGAGGGCUUCCCUGAAAAUUCAAUAAAUGAAGUUUCUUUAUCAAUGCAGAUUUGAAUUCUGAUUACGCAAGUCAUUAAGAGGUUCUCUGUGGGUCGGUGUUCGUGUAUCUAACUCGUACGCAAUUUCACAAGUCACGUUUUAUUAUUAUAUCUUCAGAUCGUAUUCGAGGGGGUAGUAGGCGACAGUUACACUGGUGACAUCGGCGUCGACAAUAUAAGUCUUGGCCUUGACAACUCCUGUACUUUUAAACCUGUUACCGCCCGACGAGAAAUAGCAGGUUUGUGCUGAGUGGAAAUAUCAAUCGUGCUAGAUAUUUUUCGUGUGAUUCUUCCUCGUGUAAUAUCUCAUUCGCGCCUGCGUUUUGUACCCAAGUAUUGAUGGAAAGAUGUUAUAAGUUUUGCUCAAUUUUCCAGAAUAAACCAAGGCGCCUUCACGCCAUUUUCUUCGUAUCAUCUUUAAUUUAAUCAGGAUUUCGCUCGGACCUGCUCCAAAAUGGACCGUGGUUUCAAGACACGUUGAUGGAAUGGUUAGCCGAGAAGGGUCUCGGUGAUGAAUACUGGGUACCAUGCUUCCGCGGAAGUCUGGAUAGCUGGAAUGCAAGUUUGUUUAAAAUUCAGUGCAGGAACAAGAAAUCUACCGUGGCCUUGAUUAGAAAAGGAGAUUGCUUGUUUGGCGGAUUUUCCGAUAAACCCUGGGAAGGUAAAAAUUUUUUUUUUUUUAAUGACGUAUUCCUCGAUUCUUUGGAACGAUCAGCACGUGAAGGUACGCGAUUGCUACUUAAUUUUUCUGAAUCUUUCCAAAGGUCCGGUCACUGGGUUCAUACCCAGUACUAAAUCCUUCCUGUUCACUCUACAAUCUUCUUCGAGCUUAUCUUCGGAGGCGAAAUGGCCAGUGCUUUCCUCUCAAAGAUCUCGUGCUAUAUUUUACGCGCCUGGAAGACUGCAAUUCGGAGAGGAACUAGUAUUGAACUUAACAAACAGAUCUCUCUCUGUUAACAUUGGACACGUUUAUGACAUAGAAAAUGAAGACGGCGACUUGUUUUGUGGGGCCAAUGGAACUAUCGUGGAAGCAGAUGACGUGGAAGUGCUUUCGCCGUUGGGUAUGUGA